AUGAACGAACAGAGGUGCCAAGGUGCCACACCAGAUCCAGUUGAAGUCUCGUGCCAACUCAAUCCAGCUGCCAGUGGAAGUUUUAACAGAUCAAACAAGAUCAAAAUUACAACACAAAAAGCAAGUGUUGACUGUUCUGAUGGUACAUUUGGAGUUGGAUCUCUGGGAACCAAGCGCACUGCUGACUGUGGUGUCGGCAAGGUCGGCUAUCAAACAGCUCAGUGUAACUCAACAAAACAGUGGGAGGUGAUAGAAGACAACUGUGUCCUGCAAGUUGUUGAAAAUCUGAAAACUGAAUCUCAGAAUUUAGUGGCUACUGACAUCCCUACAUUUGUGGCGAACCUUAGUGAAGUUACUCAGAUGAAUUCUUCUGUGAUCCAAAACUCGCAAGCGACCAUAUUAACCAUCGUCGACAUUCUUAAGCAAAUUGCCAACGUCUCUCAAACCAUCUUAGUUAAUGAAGCCACCAUGCUGGAUUUUCUAAACACAGUGGAUGUUCUUGGAUCAGCACAGAAGCAAUGGGAGGAAAUAAACAAGAACAGUACAACCAAACACACCAGUUCUGAUCUUCUGAAGUCUAUUGAGGAUUUUGGAAGCAGACUCUCAGAUCAGAGCUUUAACAGUUCAACAACCUCUACCUAUAUAGAAAGAAAAAACACCAAUAAAUCCCUUUCUGAGAACAUCGGUAAAAAUUUAACUACCCACAUAAAUAUACCAAACAUCAAGGAAAAUACUUUUAUCACCAUUAUAGUCUUAUCAGCUUUUGGUAAUAUUUUACCUGUUAGAACCCAGACCUGCACAGACUGUAGUCUCAAUGGCACCAGGAUUAAUGGAGAUGUUGUUGUGGUCCAAACUCAGCCAAAAAUUAAUAACAUCUCUCUUAAAUACACUGUCAAAAAUACGACGCUGGGAAACCCUCAGUGUGUCUUCUGGAACUUCAGUCUCUUGAAUAACACUGGAGGAUGGGACUCGACUGGAUGUAAACUAAUACAGUAUCAGAACGGAUCGGUUACAUGUGAGUGCGAUCACACGACCUCUUUUUCAAUCCUGUCGCCAUCCACUAAUGCCUCAUCUAAUAACACUGGCCUGGGUCACUCUUGA